AGCCAGUCGCAAGCAAGGUCACGGGCUCAUGGUCGUGAUGGUUUGUGAAAUCGUAGUGUUGAAACCGUUAAGUGAUGGCACAACCGAGACUGACCAUCAGUCAUACCAUAGCUUUCCUCCCGUGCAGUCUGACUUGGAUUUAGGAAAGUCUGAUUCUCUCUAACUCCCUUGAGAGCUCUGUUACAGAGAAAAACAACUAAUUUUGUUUUCAGUGUUUUCAUUAUCACAGCUUAAGCGAAUAUAUUACUUUUCCUCCCUAGUAUUUGCUGCUAUCCCAAGUCUUUCAGAUAUGGCAGAGCAAGCUGCAGCUACAGAUGAGAUGACAUCCACGACAGAGCCCAGGUCUGAGCUUCACGGUUUGGAGGAGAGCAAGGAUGAGAGGCCCACAGAUCAAAAAGAGCCUCCCUUGGAAGAAAGGGAGUGCUCUCUCUCUUCUUCCUCUAACAGCUCAGACAGCUUAUCAGAUAUGGGCUUUGACCAUCUUGAAUGGCCAGCGCAAAACCUGAGACCCAGCAUGUCAGGCCUACACAUUGUGAAGGGAGGCAGAGAACGACCACGCAUGGACAUGCACAGAGACUUUACUGUUGCCUCUCCAGCUGAGUUUGUGACCCGCUUUGGAGGAAACAAAGUGAUUGAAAAGGUUCUCAUAGCCAACAAUGGCAUAGCUGCUGUGAAGUGCAUGCGCUCAAUCCGCCGCUGGGCCUAUGAGAUGUUUCGCAACGAGUGCGCCAUUCGAUUUGUUGUCAUGGUUACCCCCGAGGAUCUGAAAGCGAAUGCCGAGUACAUACGGAUGGCAGACCACUAUGUGCCUGUGCCAGGGGGUCCUAACAACAACAACUAUGCCAACGUGGAACUGAUACUGGACAUAGCAAAGCGGAUACCUGUACAGGCUGUGUGGGCAGGUUGGGGCCAUGCCUCUGAGAACCCCAAACUCCCUGAUCUGCUUCACAAGAAUGGCAUUGCCUUCAUGGGUCCCCCUAGUCAGGCCAUGUGGGCACUGGGUGACAAAAUUGCCUCAUCCAUCGUGGCACAGACGGCUGGCGUCCCAACACUGCCCUGGAGUGGCACAGGUCUGACUGUGAACUGGUCAGAAAGUGACCAGAAGAACAAAAUUAUUAGUGUCCCAUCAGAGCUGUACCAACAAGGGUGUGUUCAGGAUGUGGAGGAGGGAUUGAAGGCUGCUGAGAAGGUGGGCUAUCCAUUGAUGAUAAAGGCUUCAGAGGGAGGUGGAGGGAAAGGUAUCCGUAAAGUAAACAGCGCUGAGGAGUUCUCCAACCUUUUCAGACAGGUCCAGAUGGAGGUUCCUGGUUCUCCCAUCUUUGUCAUGCAGCUGGCCAAACACGCCCGACAUCUGGAGGUGCAGCUCCUGGCUGACCAGUAUGGCAAUGCCAUCUCCCUGUUUGGCCGUGACUGUUCUGUCCAGCGCCGCCAUCAGAAAAUCAUCGAAGAGGCCCCGGCGACCAUCGCCACACCAGACGUCUUUGAAGAAAUGGAAAAGUGUGCGGUGACUCUUGCUAAAAUGGUGGGCUACGUGAGUGCGGGUACAGUGGAGUACCUCUACAGCCAGGAUGGCAACUUCUACUUCCUGGAGCUGAACCCACGGCUGCAGGUGGAACACCCUUGCACUGAGAUGGUGGCGGAUGUCAACCUGCCAGCAGCACAGCUUCAGAUUGCUAUGGGCAUUCCUCUCCACCGGAUAAAGGACAUCCGAAUGAUGUAUGGAAUGCAGCCUUGGGGAGACUCUCUGAUUGAUUUUGACAGUCUGUCCUCUGUCCCCUGUCCCCGCGGCCACGUUAUUGCCACUCGCAUCACAAGCGAGAACCCUGACGAGGGGUUCAAACCCAGCUCAGGUACGGUUCAGGAGCUUAACUUUCGCAGUAACAAGAACGUUUGGGGUUACUUCAGCGUAGCAGCCGCCGGUGGUCUGCAUGAGUUUGCCGACUCGCAGUUUGGCCACUGUUUCUCCUGGGGGGAGAACCGUGAGGAGGCCAUCUCGAACAUGGUGGUGGCUUUAAAAGAGCUUUCUAUCCGUGGAGAUUUUCGCACCACAGUGGAGUACCUCAUUAAACUGCUGGAGACGGAGAGCUUCCAGCAUAACAGGAUUGACACCGGCUGGCUGGACAGACUCAUCUCUGAAAAGAUGCAGGCGGAGCGUCCAGACACCAUACUGGGCGUGGUGAGUGGAGCUCUUCAUGUGGCCGAUGCUAAACUGAAGGACAGUGUUUCAGAUUUCCUGCACUCCCUGGAGAGAGGCCAGGUCCUUCCAGCUCACACCCUGCUGAACACGGUGGGGGUGGAGCUAAUCUACGAGGGUGUAAAAUAUGCCCUGCAGGUCACCCGCCAAUCACCCACCUCCUAUGUGCUCCUCAUGAACGGCUCAUACAUGGAGGUGGAUGUGCACCGCCUCAGUGACGGAGGCCUGCUCAUCUCCUACGAUGGCAGUAGCUACACCACCUACAUGAAGGAGGAGGUGGACAGGUAUCGCUUCACCAUAGGCAAUAAGACGUGUGUGUUUGAGAAGGAAAAUGACCCGUCACUGCUUCGCUCGCCCUCUGCUGGCAAACUCAUCCAGUACAUGGUGGAGGACGGGGGUCACGUGAGUGCUGGGCACUGCUACGCUGAGAUUGAGGUGAUGAAGAUGGUGAUGACUCUGACGGCUGCAGAGGCAGGCCAGGUUCAUUUUGUCAAGCGUGCCGGCGCCGUGCUGGAGGCUGGAUGUGUCAUCGCCCGACUGGAGCUAGAUGACCCCAGCAGAGUACGCAAGGCAGAGCUGUAUACAGGAGUCCUGCCGCAGUUCCAGCCCGGUUCUCUGUGUGGAGAGAAACUGCAUAGAGUCUUCCACCACACACUUCAGCAUCUCUCCAACGUCAUGAAGGGCUUCUGUCUUCCAGAGCCUUUUUUCAGCUCCAAGCUUAAGGAGUGGGUGGAGAGGUUGAUGGCCACCCUGCGUGACCCCUCACUGCCCCUGCUGGAGCUGCAGGACAUCAUGACCAGCGUGUCAGGCCGCCUGCCCGCGGGUGUGGAGAAAGCCAUCCGCAGGGAGAUAGCUCAGUACGCCAGCAACAUCACCUCGGUGCUGUGCCAGUUCCCCAGCCAGCAGAUUGCUAACAUCCUGGACAGUCACGCAGCCACUCUCAACCGCAAGUCUGAGCGUGAGGCUUUCUUCAUGAACACACAGAGCAUUGUCCAACUGGUACAGAGGUAUCGCAGUGGAAUCCGCGGACACAUGAAAACAGUUGUCAUGGACCUUCUCAGACAGUACCUACGAGUGGAGGUCAAGUUUCAGAAUGGGCACUAUGACAAGUGCGUGUUCACGCUGCGCGAGGAGAACAAGGGUGACCUCGUCGGCGUGUUGGACGACAUCUUCUCACAUGCUCAGGUUGCCAAGAGAAACCUGCUGGUCACUACACUGAUAGACCGUCUCUGUGGUCGAGAUCCCUCGCUGUCUGAUGAUCUGGUUACAAUCUUAAAUGAACUCACCCAACUCAGCAAAACUACAAAUGCCAAGGUGGCGCUUCGUGCCCGCCAGGUUCUCAUCGCCUCUCACCUGCCCUCCUAUGAGCUGAGACACAACCAGGUGGAGUCCAUCUUCCUGUCCGCCAUCGACAUGUAUGGACAUCAGUUCUGCAUUGAGAACCUGCAGAAACUGAUUUUGUCAGAGACAUCUAUAUUUGAUGUCCUGCCAAACUUCUUCUACCACAGUAACCAGGUAGUCCGCAUGGCUGCGUUGGAGGUGUAUGUGCGCAGGGCUUACAUCGCCUACAAACUCCGCAGCGUUCAGCACAAGCAGCUGUGUGAUGGGACGUGUGUCGUACAGUUUGAGUUUAUGCUUCCUCCUUCUCACCCCAACAGAAUGUACCUCCCCGUAAACACAUCCCAGGACAGAUUUGGGGACAUGACCAGUCUGAGUGAUGUUGUGACCCUCACCUGUCAGCGGCGGGGGGCUAUGGUGUCCUAUCACUCCUUCCAGGAUUUUGCCAGCAACAUUGAGGAGGUGCUGAACUGCAUUUCCAGGUGUCCUCCACCCAGCUCCACCUUCCCAGAUGGAGGGACUGUGGAGUUCUAUGGCGAGGAUGAGUACAAGAGCCUGCAGGAUGAACCCAUUCUCAUUCUCAACGUAGCCGUGGAAACGCAGGGUGACGCGGACGACAGCAGCCUGGCCGCCAUGUUCCAUGAGUUCAUUCAGUCCAAGAAAUCACUGCUGUUCAAACAUGACAUUCGCCGACUCACUCUACUAGUGGCACAAAAGAGAGAGCUUCCAAAGUUUUUCACCUUCCGUGCGAGAGACGAUUUUGAGGAGGAUCGUAUUUACAGACAUUUGGAGCCAGCGCUGGCCUUCCAGCUGGAGCUCAGUCGUAUGCGUAACUUUGCCCUGACUGCAGUGCCCUGUGCCAACCAGAAGAUGCACCUGUACCUUGGCGCUGCCCGUGUGGAGGCGGGUACAGAGGUCACAGAUUUCCGCUUCUUUGUGCGGGCCAUCAUUCGCCACUCUGACCUCAUCACCAAGGAAACAUCUUUUGAGUACCUACAGAAUGAGGGUGAGAGGCUACUGCUGGAGGCCAUGGAUGAGUUAGAGGUGGCCUUCAGCAACACCAGCGUUCGCACCGACUGCAACCACAUCUUUCUCAGCUUUGUCCCCACUGUCAUCAUGGACCCUGCCAAAAUUGAAGAGGCGGUACGCUCCAUGGUAAUGCGAUACGGAAGCAGACUGUGGAAACUGCGGGUCCUACAGGCCGAACUGAAGAUCAACAUCCGCCUCACGCCCAGCGGUGACGCCGUGCCAAUCCGCCUCUUUCUCACAAACGAGUCUGGCUACUACCUGGACAUCAGCCUGUAUAAGGAGGUGGCUGAGUCCUGCCCAGCCCCAGGGACGCCUGGGGAGACUCAGGUGAUGUUUCAGUCGUACGGGAUCAAACUGGGCCCUCUACACGGCAUGCUCAUCAGUACACCCUACGUCACCAAAGACCUGCUGCAGUCCAAACGCUUUCAGGCCCAGUCUCUGGGAACCACUUACAUCUACGACUUCCCUGAGAUGUUCCGUCAGGCUCUGUUGAAACUCUGGAGCACCAUGAGAGAUCAUGCCCACCUCCCUGAAUGCCCUCUGCCCUCUGAACUCUUGACCUACACUGAACUGGUGCUGGACCCCCAGGGCAAGAUGGUGCAGCUCAGCCGCCUGCCAGGGGGCAAUGAGAUUGGUAUGGUCGCAUGGCGAAUGACCCUGCGCACGCCCGAAUACCCGUCGGGCCGCGAGGUCAUCGUCAUAGGCAACGACAUCACGCACCAGAUUGGUUCCUUUGGGCCAAAGGAGGAUGUGUUGUUCCAAAAGGCCUCUGCUCUGGCCCGUCAGCUGGGGAUCCCCCGCCUCUAUAUAUCUGCCAACAGCGGCGCCCGCAUCGGACUGGCCCGGGAGAUCCAGCACAUGUUCCACGUUGCCUGGCAAGACCCUGCAGACCCUUACAAGGGGUUUAAGUACCUGUACCUCACCCCACAGGAUUAUAAGAUGGUUUCUGCACUGAACUCUGUGCACUGUGAACAUGUGGAGGACGGAGGAGAGUCAAGGUACAAGAUUACAAACAUCAUCGGUAAGGAGGAGGGUCUGGGCGUGGAGAACCUGCGGGGGUCAGGGAUGAUUGCUGGAGAGUCCUCACGGGCCUAUGAGGAGGUCAUCACCCUAAACCUGGUGACCUGCAGGGCCAUUGGGAUCGGUGCGUAUGUGGUGAGACUGGGCCAGAGAACCAUACAGGUGGAGAACUCUCACAUCAUUCUCACUGGAGCCGCAGCUCUCAACAAGGUGUUGGGAAGAGAAGUGUAUUCCUCUAAUAACCAGCUGGGAGGGGUACAGAUCAUGCACAAUAACGGAGUGAGCCACUGUACGGUGUCGGAUGACUUUGAAGGUGCCUACACACUGUUACAGUGGCUGUCUUACAUGCCCAAGUGUGUGUCCAGUCCUGUGCCAGUCUUGUAUGCCAAAGACCCCAUCGAGCGUCCGGUGGAAUUUGUGCCUACCAAAGCACCCUAUGAUCCACGCUGGAUGCUGGCUGGACGCCCUGGUCAAGGUGUACGGGGUCAGUGGCUGAGUGGCUUCUUUGACAGGGACUCCUUCAUGGAGAUUAUGCAGCCAUGGGCACAGACUGUUGUGGUGGGCAGAGCCAGACUCGGGGGCAUACCCACCGGGGUGGUUGCCGUGGAGACUAGAACCGUUGAGCUGGCCAUCCCGGCCGACCCUGCCAAUUUGGACUCGGAGGCCAAGGUCAUACAGCAGGCGGGUCAGGUAUGGUUCCCAGACUCGGCCUUUAAGACGGCCCAGGCCAUUCAGGACCUGAACAGAGAGGGGCUCCCACUGUUGGUCUUCGCCAACUGGAGGGGCUUUUCAGGGGGCAUGAAAGACAUGUAUGAUCAGGUGUUGAAGUUUGGGGCCUAUAUCGUGGAUGCCUUGAGAGAGUACCGACAGCCCGUGCUAGUCUACAUCCCCCCACAUGCCGAACUGAGAGGGGGAUCUUGGGUGGUCAUCGACCCCACCAUCAACCCCCGACACAUGGAGAUGUACGCCGACAAGGACAGCCGUGGUGGAGUUCUAGAACCGGAAGGCACGGUUGAGAUCAAGUUCCGGCGGAAAGAUCUGCUGAAGACCAUGGAACGUGUGGACGAUAUCUACAGAGAGUUGAAGGAACGUUUGAGCUGUGCUGAGCUGAGUGCCGAUGAGAGGAAAGCUCUGGAUAUCAGGGUGAAGGAACGAGAGGACUUCCUGCUUCCCAUGUACCACCAGGUGGCCGUCCACUUCGCCGACCUCCAUGACACCCCGGGUCGCAUGCAGGAGAAAGGAGUUAUCACAGACAUUGUGGAGUGGCGGGAGUCCCGGCAGUUCUUUUACUGGCGUCUGCGGCGUUUGCUGCUGGAGCUGUCUGUGAAGAGAAGAGUCCAGGCGAUGAACCCAGACCUGACAGAUGGCCAGGUCCAGGCCAUGCUUCGCCGCUGGUUUGUGGAGGCAGAGGGAGCAGUCAAGGCCUACCUUUGGGAUAGCAAUAAAGAUGUGGUGGAGUGGUUGGAGAAGCAGCUGUCUGCUGAGGAGGAAGGAUGCAGAUCGGUCAUAGAAGAGAAUAUUAAAUACCUUCAUCGGGACAGCCUACAGAGACAGAUCCAAAGCUUGGUACAGGAGAACCCAGACGUGGCUAUGGAUUCCAUUUUGCACCUGACUCAGCACCUCAGUCCUACAGAACGGGCAGAGAUGCUCCAAAUCUUGGCUGCUAUGGAAACAACAACCUCCUAAUAGACCCGUACCUGCCUGAAGGCACACUAGCCUGGUCCUGGUACAGAGGUCCUGGGAUCUGUAGGAGCCAAGACCAAAAGACAUGGGGCUGGUGCAGCUUUGUACUGAUCUUAUCACCUACUGGUUAUCACAUUGUCAAAUAUGAGAUAUGAGGUCUUAUUGCACAUCAUUUUUUAAAGCACUUUUUGGAGGUUUCCCUGAGUUUCUUAUGUUCUCUUGUUGUUCUAAAUGUCAUGUGAUCUCAAUUCAUGAUCAACACUAAAAUAUCAUCAUCAGUUCCUUGAUGAGCAAACUUAUAUUCAUUGAUGCUGAAAGCAAACCCUGGGAGAAACCAGAGCUUGUUGAGAAUAGGCCGAUGCAGUAUUAGUAUGCAGAUAAGCUUCAAAUGAGUAUGCAGUCUAUAAAAGCUUUGUAAUAUUAGAGUGUUAGAGUAUUUUCUGCUACUUAUAUAGGGGGUAACGUUGACUGAAGUUUCUAUUGUAACUGAUAUUCUUAUUAACAAUAUGUAAUUUGUAGAAUUUUCUGACAAAAAAGCAGUCAGGUGGUGAUUGGAGAAGGUGAUACAGGAUGAUACAGACCAAACAGGUUUCUCUCAGACUCACACAGCUGCACAGUUCCCACACUGACUUUAGAAAUUUAAAUGGACAAGAUGAGGAGGAUUGCAUUUCAUUUUCUUUCUUUCUCUCUCUCUCUCUUUUCUUUCUCUUUCCUUUUCAAACAGAAAGUGCCUUGUCUCUGAGAGUGUCGAUAACAAUCUAGACAUCAAUAAGUGCAGUGGAUUGAUUGAGGGCCACUGCUUCUGUGUGGGGGGGUGGGAGGGGGAUGAGGGGUGGUGGUGGUGGUAGCAUGGGGGGGGUUGGUUCAAACUACCUUAGAAGAGCACUUAAUUGAUGAUCAAACGCAGCAGGUGUAAAUAAGUGUUGUGGGGUUGAGGAGUGUGAGUGAGGCAGGUUGGAGGAGAGGCGGAGGGGAGAUGUGGGAGGGCAUCAAAGGCCGCGGUGAGGGCCUCGAGAGGCUCCACCCAUUCACACGCAGCCCUUUCAUUCUGACCCCGGGGUUAGCACCGGACACAGGCCCACAACGCCUGCCACACACGCACAGCCGACAUGAAAGAGUGCGUGUUCAAUCUCUCUCUCAUUCACACACGCACACACACACACACACACACCUGUCAACGAGGCAACAAUGAACAUCAUGUGCAAAUGCACGCGCGCACUCACACACACACAUACACCUUUAGCUAUUGUCCACAUGCAGACUCAUAUAUACACUCACACACAACACACAUACAGAUAUUGAUCAAAUAAAAUGACUAAAUCCAACCUCUGUAGAUGGAGUGAGCACUUUUUUAUCCAAAGACCAUUAAUUACCUCAGGAAAAUUUCUGCCGACUGGAAUAUCUUUUUCUUUGAAUAAAUACCAUAGAAUAAAUAUCUCCAAAUGUAAUAAUUUGUUUGUGUUUGUUUCUGAAUGUAUAUUCUGUGAAAUUAUGUAGUAGAUGUAUGUAUGUAUGUGUCCAUCUUAAGAAAAAUAAAAACAUUUU